AAAUGGCUGAUUUUAUUUUAGUGUUGUUGUUUUUUUUAUUGAUGGUGAUUCUUAUCGUAUAACACUCGUUACAACAGUCUAUUUUGAAUCUUGCGUUGUGUUCACUUCCAACAGAACAACAGGCUCAGUUGUAAUUCAUAAUUUAGAUUUCUAUUUUUUUUUUCUAGAAUUUGGACUCUAUCGUUUAGAUCUCUACUUUUUGGCCUGUGGAUAAUAUUGAAUGCCGUGUUGCAACUAUUAGAUCUAGAUCUAAUUAUUUAGAUUAAGAUGGCAUUCUUUUCGUAAUGACAAUAAUGAGAAUAAGAAUAAGAAUGACGAAUAAUGAUAUUGACGUUUAAAAGAGAGAUAUAAUGUUUGCAUGAUAAUUAUGACAUUCAAUCUAGAAAGAAUAAAGUUAGAAUAUUUUGUAAUCGAUCACAUUAGUGAAAUAUGACGGUGUCGACAGGAUUCGAAAACAAGACCACCUCAAAUAGCCCGUCCAGCGACAAAUUGGGAAUUGUAUCCAUCGUCUACAUCGUUGCUGAGGCUACAGUUGGCUUUGUCUGCAUUGUUGUAAACUCAGUCGCCCUUAAGGGUCUCUACAGUAAGAACAGAAGCUGCAACAUCAGAAAUAGCCUAAUCCUUAAUGUCGUUAUAAGUGAUAUUUCAGUGGGGCUACUGGCAGCAUUAGGAAGCGCCCUGGUCAGCACAGGAAUGCCGUAUCUCUACUACAACUGCGUCGCUGUCGUCUUCUUCAUUCUGGGGUCCACCAACGUCUCCGUCCUCACCCGGCUCGCUUUCUUUCUUGAGAAGGUGUUGGCCCUGACAAGUCCUUCAGCGUGCGAAGGAUUACAGCGCGAGUCAUUAGGGAUUUUCGUCAAUUUAUUUAUCUGGUGUGCUGGUUUUCUUUGCGCAAGCAUCCCUAUCCAUUGGGUGAACAGAGGCUCUCCAAAAUUGGAGAAUUGCAGCCUAAGGGCUGUCACUCAGUACGAAUACUUGGUAUAUUUCAACAUCUUUGUGCUCGUAUUACUUCCCUUGGCUAUAGUUGUUUCCCUCUACGUGUACUUUUUAUUCCUCGUUCACCUCUACGCCCAGAGGAUCAGAACUAGCUACGAAAUGUUCAUCAUUGAUAAACGCAUCCAAGACACAUUCGCAAAGGACAUACGAUUUGUCAUGAUGAUGCCUGGAGUUCUCAUUGUCCUCUUCGUCGUCACGUGGCUUCCCAUCAGCAUCAUGUACUGCGUCGAUAUCUUUUGUCUCGACUGUACACAUAACAACGAAUUUUUCCUCUUCGCUACAGUCUUGAGCCACUUAAACUCCUGUAUCUACCCCUUGCUUUAUACUGCGACUCGAGGAUACGUUCAAACGAAAUUAGGCCUUUUCAUGUCUCUGUUUAACCACGAGGAACUGUAUUCUUAUGUGAAGGAUGCUCUCAAGCUUAAGGAAGAAGCCCAAAAACUCUCAGAUCGAAUAGAAGAUUGCAAAAUGAUGAGCAGUCGUGUAACUGAAAUAAUAGUGGAAUACAAAGAAACAUAUUUUGAAAGCCAAAUUAAUUCCGUCGAAUUUCCUGAACAAAUAGUGGAAAACAAGAAAACACAACUUGAAAGUAUAAUGAAUCCCGCCGAAUGAUCGGUAAAGCACUUGUAGAUAAAUUCAAAAACGAAACAAAACGAAACAAUGGCUCAUCUAUUCUGAUAAACUAUGGGAUGUAACUGCUGAUGUUUGAAAACUCUGGGACAUAUUUUUUAUUUUAUUUUGUAGUUUAAAAAAACUUGUGACAAAAAUGUUUAAAUAAAACGUCAAUGUGACUAAAAAGAUUUUAAAGGUUCAAGUUAAACCUUAUCUUACGCACAAGUAUUCAAGAUCUGUUGUACCUUGCCAUUGUUAACAUACAGGGCAUGCAGUUGGAAAGUGGAUUGCCAAGAAAGACGAAUGAAGAAAUGGAAGUCCACUUAUUGCCCAAAAGGAUCAGAUCUUAUUAACGUAGACCGAUGUUGACUGCUAAAUGAACAAGCCUACAAAGUGUAUGCCCUCACUGAGGGAGAACUCAUUGGACUCAUCCAGACACUGUGUGAAACAAAUAAAAUGAUGUUUAUGUUAUCGUAGGCCACGUGAUAAGGCUUGCUUGUAUCACGUGAUUUUUUUAUGCUAUUUGUUGAUGAGAAGAUAAAUUAUUAUUGUUACAGAAAGAGAACUGAAUUGAAUGUUCCGCAUAUUAAGUGUGCUAAUAGGUAGUAAAAUCAAAAUGCUAGCUAUGCACGAGUGUACACUCACAUAUUCAUAGAACGGCACACAAAAAUCUCAACAAGGCUGUGCAUUUUUUUGUCUUAAAAGACUGAUUCAACUUUCUUGAACCAUUUCAUAAGUCACUUUGAUCUCAAUCAGGGUCAAUAAUGACUCAUUCACAGUAUCUGAUUCACAGUGCCUGAUUCACAGUGCCUGAUUCACAGUAUCUGAUUCACAGUAUCUGAUUCACAGUGACUGAUGCACAGUAUCUGAUUUACAGUGUCUGAUUCACAGUAUCUGAUUCACCUUGUCUGAUUCAUAGUGAUUCACAGUGUCUGAUUCACAGUGACUGAUUCACAGCGUUUGAUUCAACGUGAAAAGAGCCUGAGUCACAGUCAACAGUUGCUGAUUCAUUGCCAAUAGUGACUUAGUCACAGUCAAUGUAAAAGAAGUUUGAAGCAGUAGAGGGCUGAAACAAGCGAUGAAAAGACAGGACAUGUAACAUGGAGUAGCACUACUAGGGUAAUAGAGUGGCUGAGUAAAAUAAAUAGGUGAAGAGAUUAUGA